AGGAAGUCGGAAGCUGGAAGCCUUGCCACUGACAUCUCUCCACCUUCUGGAAGCCAGCUCUGGGGGUGCAGGUCCCAGGUAGGUCGGACCCGGGGCCCCAAGCAGGUCCUGCCUUCUACUGGCUGCCAGUGCCAUUGGGUCUCAUCUCUGACCUCAGGGACCCUGGAUUCAGAGGGAAUGAGCCCUGGGAGCAGCCAAGUCCCAGCCCAGGGCUGCCAGUUCCCAGAGAAGACGUGGUCUCCUAUUUUGAGCAAAGGGAAGCACCAUGGAUGCUGGUGCAAGAAGGCCUGGGGAGCCUCUGUCCAGAAGGAGAGAUCGGACUUGGAAUGAAGAAGACUUCUGCAGAACUAAGCCUUUCUGUGGAAGAAACUCAGGAGCCAAGAUUUAUGGGUGAUGUUCCCUAUCACUUUACUUGGAGAGAAAUCCAUGCUCUUCAUCAGGGAAUCCACACUGGGGAGAAACCUUGUGAAUAUAAUCAAUGUGGAAAAGCUUUUACAAAGGGGGCCCAUCUUACUGGACAUCAGAAAAUCCACACUAGAGAGAAACCUUAUGAAUGUAAGCAGUGUGGAAAGGCUUUUACACGGAGGGACAAUCUUAAUGUACAUAAGAGAGUCCACACUGGAGAGAAACCUUAUGAAUGUAAUCAAUGUGGAAAGGGUUUUAGAGACAGCUCCACCCUUACUAAACAUCAGAGAAUCCACACUGGAGAGAAACCUUAUGAAUGUAAGCAGUGUGGAAAAGCUUUCAGAGUCAGCUCCUGGCUUGCUGAACAUCAGAGAAUCCACACUGGAGAAAAACCUUACGAAUGUAACCAGUGUGGAAAGGCCUUCAGAGGCAGCUCCAGUCUUGCUCAACAUCUGAGAAAUCACACUGGGGAGAAACCUUAUGCAUGUAAUCUGUGUGGAAAGGCUUUCAGAGUCAGCUCUAGGCUUGCUGAACACAAGAGAAUCCACACUGGGGAGAAACCUUAUGAAUGUAAUCAGUGUGGAAAGGCCUACACAGGCAGCUCUAGCCUUGUUGCACAUCAGAGAGUUCACACCGGAGAAAAACCUUAUGAAUGUAAUCAGUGUGGAAAGGCUUUUAGAGUCAGCUCUAGUCUUGCUGAACAUCAGAGAACCCACACUGGGGAAAAACCUUUUGAAUGUAAUCAGUGUGGCAAAGCUUUUACAAAGAGGGCCAACCUUAGAGUACAUCAGAAAAUCCACACUGGAGAGAAACCUUAUGAAUGUAAUCAGUGUGAAAAGGCUUUUACACAGAGGACUCAUCUUAAUGAACAUCAGAAAAUGCACACUGGAGAGAAAAUUUAUAAAUGUAAUCAAUGUGGAAAGGCUUUUAAACAGAGUGCCAGUCUUAGAGUACAUCAGAAAAUCCACAAUGUUGAAAAACCUUACAAAGUUAAUCAUUAUGGAACAGAUUUUACACAGUGUGGUCAUCUUGUUGAACAUGAGAGAAUCCACGCUGGAGAAAAACUUUACGAAUGUAAUCAGUGUGGUAAAGCUUUUACACAGAGGGCCCAUCUUACUGGACAUCAGAAAAUCCACACUGGAGAGAAACCUUAUGAAUGCAAUCAAUGUGGAAAAGCUUUCAGAGACAGCUCCAAUCUUGCUGAACAUCAGAGAAGCCACACUGGAGAGAAACCUUAUGAAUGUAAUCAGUGUGGAAAAGCUUUUACAAAGGCAGGCAAUCUUACUGUACAUCAGAGAGUCCAUACUGGAGAGAAACCUUAUGAAUGUAAUCAAUGUUUAAAGGGUUUUACACGGAGGGAUACUCUUACCCUACAUCAGAGAAUCCACACUGGAGAGAAACCUUAUGCAUGUAAUCAGUGUGGAAAGGCUUUCAGAGACAGCUCCACUUUUACUAAACAUCAGAGAGUCCACACUGGAGAGAAACCUUAUGAAUGUAAUCAAUGUGGAAAGACUUUUACACAGAGGACUCAUCUUAAUGAACAUCAGAGAAUCCAUAUUGGAGAGAAAAUUUAUGAAUGUAACCAAUGUGGAAAGACUUUCAGAGGCAACACCAGUCUUGUUAAUCAUCAGAGAAUCCAUACUGGGGGAAAACCUUGUGAAUGUAAUCAAUGUGGAAAAGCUUUUACAAAGGGGCCCCAUCUUACUGGACAUCAGAAAAUCCACGCUGGAGAGAAACUUUAUGAAUGUAAUCAAUGGGGAAAGACUUUUACAUGGAGGGGCAGUCUUACAAUGCAUCAGAGAAUCCAAGCUAGAGAGAAACAUUAUGAUUGCAAUCAGUGUUGGAAAGGCUUUCAGAGACAGCUUUAAUCUUGCUAAACAUCAGAGGAACCACACUGGAGAGAAACUUUUGAAUGGAAUCAGUGUGGUAAAGCUUUUACAAAGAUGGCCAGCCUUAGAAUACAUCAGAAAAUUCAAACUGGAGAGAAACCUUAUGAAUGGAAUCACUGUGGAAAGGCUUUUAGAGUCAGCUCCAGUCUUGCUGAACAUCAGAGAACCCAAACUGGGGAGAAACCUUUUGAAUGUAAUCAAUGUGGUAAAGCUUCUACAAAGAGGGCCAAUCUUAGAGUACAUCAGAAAAUCCACACUGGAGAGAAACCUUAUGAAUGUAAUCAGUGUAAAAAGGCUUUUACACAGAGUACUCAUCUUAAUGAACAUCAGAAAAUGCACACUGGAGAGAAAAUUUAUAAAUGUAAUCAAUGUGGAAAGGCUUUUAAACAGUGUCAGAGUACAGCAGAAAAUCCACAAUAUUGAGAAACCUUAUGAAUUUAAUCAUGGAAUGGAUUUUACAUAGUGCAGUCAUCUUGUUGAACAUCAGAGAAUCCACACUGGAGAAAAACUUUACGAAUGUAAUCAGUGUGGAAAGGCUUUUAGAGUCAUCUCCAAUCUAGUUAAACAUAAGAGAAUCCACACUGGAGUAAAUACAAUCCAAGUGGAUAAGCCUUCAGGCAAAAGUUCAGCCCUCUUUUCACAUCAUUGAAUUCCUAGAAGAUAUAAAUCUCAUCAGUGACAUGAUUGAGGAGAGGCAUGUAAAUGGAGUAUAGAUCUUUGUAGACAGCAGAAAAUUGUGCAUACAAGCCAUUUAUGGCCUCAGUGUGAACAAGGCUUUCAGCCAGAAAUUAUCUCUCAUCAGAGGAUUGUUAAAAGGGUUUUUACUGAGCCAGUCUCUAACCUGAGAAUGCUUGGAGCCACACCAAUCAGGCCUAGAAACAGGAGUGCCAGUAAUCAAGUCAUUUAAAUAAUCAGUGUUGGAGUGAGGAAUCUUCCCUUAGCUGAAGUAAAAAGAUAGGUUUUAUACUUAAGUCACAACUCCAGAAGGAGGGGGAAGAUGGAUUACAAACAGUUUUUUAGCGGUUUCCGAGGAGAAACCCACAAGUCCCACAACACGAAAGUUCUGGAGUCAUGUCUUUGUGACCACCUCCCCUAAAGUAGAGCACCAGAGUUCUGUGAGGGAAACAGGUUCUACAGUCUUUGAUUUGCUUCAAUUAAGGUCCAGUGAUUAUGCCCCUUCGCAGAGUUUUGUGGCCAGAUCAGCCAAAGCAAAUAGGGUGAAACUGAACACUUUUCUGCAGAACUUGCAAAGCCUUCAAAAAGACAGUCUCUCCCUCUUUUUUUUUUCCUAGCUAGACAAGUAGGGUAGGCAGACAAAAGACACACAAGAGGGCAACAAUUUUUUUUUUCAGUCUGCUGAAAUUUAUAGUGUCAUAAAGUGAACAUUAAAUGUAUGACUCUGAAAAGGAAGUUGGAGCCAUGAUGACCCAAUCAUGGCAGAAACUCACCUGAACUCUCCCAAAUCCUUCUCAAAAUAAUACUGUUAUGCUUUGAAUUGAAUUCUGGAGAGGAAGAAUGAACAAAAAGUUUGGAUGAAACAAUUUUCCAAGCCAAGACAAAUUUGGAGGCCACAGGAAAAGUGACUGUGGUUGGACCUGGAGAACAGUGUGGUGAAGACCUCUCUUCACCAAGGCGGCAGCAGCAGCUUAGGGAGCUGUCAGCUCCCUGAUAGUAAAGGGGUCUGAUGAGACAAGUGGUCAGAAGGAGAUGAUAAGGAACCCUUUGCUGGUAUGGGGCAUAGGACCAUAUAUACAGACUCAUGUCAUAAUCCCAGAGUAAAGGGAAUAGUGAAGGAAAGAAUUUGGAGCUCAAUUUAUUUUUUCACAAUGGUUUAAAUAUUUCUGCAUGUAAUUGGAAAAAAUAAAAUGUGAAAUAGUGAAAAGCAGAAAUAUUAAAAGUAUCCUUUUUAGAUCAUAAUGCAAUAAAAUGGUAUUUAAUAAGGGAUUAUGGAAACAGAUUAAAAACUAAUUGAGAUUAAAGAACCUAAUCUUAAAGAAUGAGUAGGUUAAAGAACGAAUCAUAGAAAUAAUUAAUAAUUUCAUGAAAGAGAAUGACAAUAAUGAGACAUCAUAUCAGACCCUAUGGGAUACAGAAAAGGCAGUGACUGAAGGAAAAUUUGCAUCUCUAAAUGUUGGCAUCAAUAAAUAGAGAAAGGGUUGACUAAUGAAUUGUGCCUGCAAUUAAAAAACUAGAAAAAGAAAAAUUGUCUUUGUGACGAUUCUAGAUCA